AUGGUUACCAUCCCUUUACAGUAUGAAAGUUUGAAGGCUGUUCUACCGUACCUGGAUGCAAAUAUACGAUUCCAAAUCUCCCUGUGCAUACCGUCUCUCAGUUCUCUCGAAAAACGGAUUCCCUUGAAAAUCAAGAAUUUAACGUUUUCAAAAAACGGGACGACAGUGAAUCAAUUUAGUUAUCAAGUCGGAGAUGUUGAUUUGAGUGGAGAAUUUUUUGAUAUGGAUCUGGACUAUAGUGAGGAAAAGGAACACAAACUAAUACAAAAACUGAGAAUAUACAAGAUUUUGUUGACUGAGUUUCAAGUCCCAGCAGGCGAAGAUGAUAUCUGCAUUGAGAGUGUCCCUUGGGAUGGUUCUCUUGAGUCCAAUAUAAGAGACUAUGCAGAAUGGUUCGAACCUGAUUGUGAGUAUAUUCGAUCAGAGUUCAAAUCUGAAGUUCAAACUAUUCGAGAGACCUUGGCGCCAUAUAUCUACCGUCGGAACAACACGAAGCCACCGUACACUCCCUUGAUUCAAUUUACUACCCGCUCUCCAAAAGGAAGCACAACGAUCCAACGUUAUGCGUAUAACAAGCAUCUUUUUGAAGCGUUGAAGGUGUUGAACAAUAAGUUUUUUGAAAAACGAAGCUCGGUUAUAUCAGUAAAACACCUGAAUAUAGAGUUUAAUGGAGACAUUAUUCGUUUCCCCACCGGGUACAUGUUAAGAAUUGAUGAACUCGAAGGAGAGAUGCGCAAUGCAUUCCAAUUCGAGGCAUUGAAAAAAAUUAUCGACACGUCGUCAUUUCCACUCAACAAGCUGGAGAUUUUCGGUUUACAUGUGGACUCUGCCGAUUUCAGCCACCAAAUAGUACGUGAAACAAAGACACUGGUAAUUAGUGCCUUCACACUGGAAGGUGACUUAUGGUCUCCGUUUCUCCGCGAUUUACCAAAUCGACGCGUGAUUCUGAAGAAUUCUAUGGUGUGGGAAUCACGUGAAAACUAUGUGGACUUGAUUGAAGAUUGGUUGGAAAGAGGUCGCCCGGUGGGAACUUUCUUCACGAUGUGUAUCCGGAACGAAGAUAUAGCAAAACAGUGUUUAGACACUCUAAAACAGAGGGAAGAGGUUAUAAAAUUUUCAGAAAAACAAGUUCAAUUCAAAAUCGGUGCUGCUUUGAUUCUCAACGUCUCAUAUGAAUUUACUGGUGAGCCAGCCAUUAUUUAUAAUGAUUAUGAUUCAAAAUGGGUUUUGCAUUUGAAAGUUUCUCUCGCAAGAUCCGAUUAA